AUGAGGUGCCACUCGGCCCCCGGCGAGGACUCUGCUGAGGUCCCGGGCGCCGAGGGGAGGCCGCGGGCGGCGGCCGGCCGGCCCGUCGAUGAGGAGGUGUCCAGUGAUUCCGAAACAGAGAGCCCGUCGUUGGGGCGGCGGCGGCGGCGGGAGGCGGCGGCGGAGGAGGAGAUAGAUGAGACGCCGCAGGAGAAGAAGCUGCGCCUGGCCAAGCUGUACCUGGAGGAGCUCCGCCAGUACGAGGAGGAGCGGGCGGCGGACGAGGAGGAGGAGGAGACCCCGGCGGAUCUCAUCGGCGACCGGCUGAAGGAGGAUGUGCUCGAGCAGAAGGGCCGGCUCCAGCGCCUGGUGGCCAAAGACGUGCAGCUUCCAGAUCCAGCCAGCAUCCGUGUGCUGAGGGGACACCAGCUGCCCGUCACCUGUCUGGUCAUCUCUCCAGAUGACAAGUUCAUCUUUUCCGCUUCCAAGGACGGCACCGUCAUCAAAUGGGACGUGGAGAGCGGGAAGAGGCUGUGUGUGGUGCCCGGGGGAAAGAAGGGCACGGAGCAGCAGAACAUGGGGCAUGCAUCCCAUGUCCUCUGCAUGGCCAUCUCGUCGGAUGGCAAGUACCUGGCUACGGGAGACAGGAACAAGCUGAUCAUGAUCUGGGACGCAGCCACAUGCAAGCGCCUGCACAUCUUCACCGGGCACCACGACGCUGUCUCGGGCCUGUCCUUUCGGAAGGGCACACACCAGCUCUACAGUGCCUCCCACGACCGCUGCGUCAAGGUCUGGGAUGUGGCGGAGAAUGCAUACGUGGAGACCCUGUUUGGGCACCAGGAUGUCAUCACGGGGCUGGACAGCCUGAGCCGGGAGUGCUGUGUGACAGCGGGGGGACGGGACGGCACCGUGCGGCUCUGGAAGAUCCCCGAAGAGUCACAGCUCGUGUUUUGUGGCCACCAGGGCUCCAUCGACUGUAUCCAGCUCAUCAACGAGGAGCACAUGGUGUCGGGCGCCGAUGACGGGUCCGUAGCCCUGUGGGGGCUGACAAAGAAGAAGCCGCUGGCGCUGGCCCGGCAGGCACACGGCAUGCAGGACACCCGGGGCCUGCAGGAGCCAUACUGGAUCUCGGCGGUGGCCGCCCUGCGCAACAGUGACCUCCUGGCUACAGGCUCCCACAGCGCCAGCGUGAAGCUCUGGAAGUGCGGUGAGGGAUUUCGGAAGCUGGAGUCCCUCUGGGACAUCCCCUUGGUGGGUUUUGUCAACAGCCUCAAGUUCUCAGCAACUGGUGACUUCCUGGUGGCUGGCGUCGGGCAGGAGCACCGGCUUGGCCGGUGGUGGAGAAUCAAAGAAGCCAAAAACAGCAUCUGCAUCAUCCCCCUGAGGCGGAGGGCCGCAGCCUCCAGCCCCGAAGCCCCCAACGGCUCUUAGCCCCCUGGCCCCGGAGCUGGGUCAGUAAAACCCUGACCCUGGAGCUGUGCCCCACGUCCUUCGUGUGCCACCUUCCUGCGGCCGGCAGGACGUGAGCCAGGGGGUGUCAUAUGGCCCCCAGACCCUGCUGCCCCCCCGUAUCGUGACGUGGCUCUGCCCUCUGCGAGGGUCCUACCCUUUUUCCCUCAGGUUCGGAGGGACCUGAGCUCUGGAAGAGUCUAUUUAAAAAACAAAACAAACAAAACAAAACAAAACCACUUUAUUUACAUAAAUUACAAAAAAAAAAAAAA